CGAUCCACGACAUAAGCCGUAUGCAGCUGCUCGUACAAACGUGUCUUCUCGCGCUACUCAGUGUCGUCGCCGCCACGACCGUCGGGUCGGCCGGCGCCCUCUCGCCGCUUUCGCUCUCCUUUGAUGGCGGCGCACCAUUCCGCCACGUCAUCGAGAAGCCUAAGGCCACAUACGUGGCGGUGCAUUUUGAGAGUCUUCACAUUCCAGUCAACGGAACGCUCCGCCUCGUGGACAAGAGCGGGAAGGAUGUUGUGACAUUUGCCGGCGGCGACCAUCGCGGCAGCUUCUUCGCCGAGUGGCUCGCGGGCGACGCCGUGACCCUUACGUACGACGCACCGGUUUACAAAGCGCAGUCGACGCCCGUCUUUGUCAUCGACAAGGUGGCCUUUGGACACCGUGCCGUGGUGACUGAAUCCAUGUGUGGCGAAGACUUGACGCGACCCGCUUCCUGCUACCGCAAUACUAGCAUGCACGCGCCGAGCCGCGCCGUCGCCCGGCUCCUUAUCCAAGGCAUCUCCAAGUGCACGGGGUGGCUCAUUGGGUCCGAGGGCCAUCUGAUGACGAACGAGCACUGCGUCGGCAUCAAAGAAGACGGGAGCGAAGUCCAAGUCGACUUGGGGGCCGAGUGCGACUGCGACGAUGUGAGCCAGCACAACGUUCACGACGCCUGCAAGGGCACGAUCGUCGCAACGAACGCUACGUUUGUCAUGUCGGACACAGCCAACGACUUUGCGCUCUUCAAGCUCAACGUCAAGGACGGCGUGGAUUUGAGCCAGUGGGGCUACCUCCAGGUGCGCGCAUCCGGGCCGGUGCUCGGCGAGCACGUGUACGUGUCGGGCCACCCCAACUUUUGGAGCAAGCGCGUGUCGGCGUAUGUCGCCAACAACGUGCCGGGCGUCGUCACCAAUCUGAGCUUCGACAUGGACAAGGGCCCGACGCCGUUGAAGUCGUGUCAGAAGGAUGAGUUCACGUACAACCUCGGGACGCUCGAAGGCAGCUCUGGGUCGCCCGUCAUCUCGGCCAAGGACCAUGUCGUCGUCGGCUUGCACAACUGCGGGUCGUGCGAUGCGUAUGGCAACGGCGGCAUCAAGCUCAACAAGAUCGUGGCGCAGCUCGCGAGCAAGGGUCUGUUGCCGCCCAACGCGAUCGCCAAGAGUCACUGCUGAACGACUCACAGGCAG